AAUUUGCCCUAAAGUUUUAUUAAUAAGUUGGCGGCACUCUACUUGUUUGAUUUCUCGAUACAGAUUCACAAUUUUGUGGUAGCAUUAGGUUUUUGGAAGAAAGUACAGCGAUGAGUCGGAGCUUAGGCAUACCGGUGAAACUUCUACACGAGGCAACAGGGCAUAUAGUGACUGUAGAGAUGAAAAGCGGCGAGCUUUAUAGAGGAAGUAUGGUCGAGUGCGAGGACAACUGGAAUUGCCAGCUCGAAACCAUCACUUACACUGCUAAAGAUGGGAGGGUGUCACAACUGGAACAUGUUUUUAUCAGAGGCAGUAAAGUCAGGUUCAUGAUAAUUCCAGAUAUGCUUAAGAAUGCUCCCAUGUUCAAGCGUCUAGAAGCUAGAAUUAAGGGCAAAGGUUCAUCACUUGGUGUUGGACGGGGACGUGCUAUGGCAAUGCGAGCUAAAGCUCAGGCAACAGGUCGUGGAGCAGCACCUGGUCGGGGUGUUGUACCCCCUGUAAGAAGGUGAUUGACCCAUGCAGGAUUUCAUAUGAUCUGGUUUUGAGAUAUCUUAUGUUUAUUGUAUUGGCAUACACUUCUGUUCCCUUGUAAUCUAAGAAGUAAGGAACACUUGGUUUAGAAUUUCAACUUCCUGGUCUAAGAUACGACUUGAGAGAAGCUGAUAAAUUGAGUGACUUUCGGAUGGUUGGUCUAGUUGCUCUUAAAACAUUUAUUGAGUCAUGAGUAUUUUGAUGUGUCUCAGUUUAGUGAAUGUCCACAAGUCUCUAUGAA